AUGGCUGCUUCUAUGUACUGUCUGCGUACAGUCAUCCAUGGCUGUCAAAGGCAUAUUGUGCAGCAGCCAAGAUUGGGCAUCCCAUCAUGCACAUGUUCUAACAGAAACUGGGGAGCUUUAAGAUUCUAUGUAAUACCAGCAGGUGUUAAAAUACGGGGCAAAAAGGUCAUAAAAAAAGAAAAAGAAGUAAAGAUUGUAACAAAAGAGGAGCUAGGAGAGAAAAGAAAAGACACAAGCCGCAUCAAGCCCUUUGGUUUUGCAGCCUGGAAACCCACUGAUGAUGUUUAUGUCGCUCGUUACUAUCCCAAGCAAAGUAUUCAGCCAGAAACGGCAGUAGAGAUGCUAAAAACCUUUCAGAAGUUAGAUUUUACCAGCCCAGAUCAAGCAGUGUAUCUCCAACUCAAAUUGGACAUGAAGCUGGAAAAAAAGAAAAAGGUGGACCCUUUUGUUGGUUACAUUACUUUCCCUUUCCCGUUUGAGAAUAAAGUAAACAAAAUCUUAGUAUUUACAGAGAAUGCAGAAGAUAUUGAAAUUGCAAAAAACAAUGGAGCUGCAGUUGUUGGAGGGCCUGAACUCAUCCCUGAGAUUCUGAAUGAUGACAUGCAAGCAGAUUUCUAUAUAGCAACACCUGAAAUUGUUUCAAAACUGCAUCUUCUUAAAAACAAACUGAGGAAAAAAAUUCCGAAGAGCAAGAGAGGUUCUGUGGGUAUUGAUAUUCCCAGCAUGAUUAAGGUGUUUGAACACUGCUAUGAAUAUAUUGUGGAACGGGAGUGUAUUAUCCGGAUCAAAAUAGCAACAUUGGAUUUGCCUCUUGAACACAUAAAUCGCUAACAUGAGUACCCUAAUAAAGGAUGUUUGUCAAUACAGGCCACUGAAACUAUGGU